UGACUACAUUUUACUCCCUAAAGAUAACUCUGACCUACAAAAGUCACAUGAUCUAUACUUCCGUUCUGCUAGAGUUCUUUCUCUUUUUUUAGGUCGGAAAAAUAACACCCUUUUUGAAAUGGGUCGCCGACCAGCUCGAUGCUAUCGAUAUUGCAAAAACAAACCAUACCCUAAAUCUCGCUUUUGUCGAGGUGUUCCAGAUCCCAAAAUCAGGAUUUUCGAUCUGGGCAGGAAAAAGGCUCGUGUGGAUGAGUUCCCUCUCUGUGUGCACAUGAUUUCUGAUGAGUAUGAACAGCUGUCAUCUGAAGCACUUGAAGCUGGUCGUAUCUGUGCCAACAAAUACUUGGUAAAGAACUGUGGUAAAGAUGCUUUCCACCUGCGAGUUCGCUUGCAUCCAUUCCACAUUAACAGGAUCAACAAGAUGUUGUCGUGUGCCGGUGCUGAUAGACUUCAGACCGGUAUGCGUGGAGCCUUUGGAAAGCCACAGGGAACUGUUGCCCGUGUAAACAUUGGACAGCCAAUCAUGUCAGUAAGAGCCCGUGAAAACCACGAACAGCAAGUCAUUGAAGCUUUGCGUCGUGCCAAGUUCAAAUACCCAGGCAGACAAAAGAUUGUUGUGUCCAAGAAGUGGGGCUUUACUAAGUUUGCCAAGACAGACUAUGAAAAGAUGAGAGCUGAAGGUUUCUUGGUACCAGAUGGUGUGGGAGUUCAGUACAAGCCAAACCAUGGCCCACUUGAUGCCUGGAAGGGAAGACAGACUGCUAGCUAAAUUUGUCUUAUCUGAACAGUAAAUAAAUUGAUAUAAUUUAAACAUCAAA